AUGGCUUGGCCGCCGGAGAAGACGACGCACUCUGGCGAUGCGGCGUGGGACGCCGUGGUCCUACCGUCACCGUCGCCAACUGAGUCCACAUGGCGAAGAGGCUCCAUGCCAAUCUCGAUUCAGACGGGACAGAUAUCGCCAGUGAGCUCGGCUAUGGAAACUACACUUGACGGGUCGUCCGUGCCGACGACAGGUGCCUCCGCAUCCUCGUCUUGCACCGACUCGUGGAGCAUCGGCUUCGGCGACCGCGACGACGGUGACGAGGAUGUUCAAUGGGACCAUUGGGAGCGCGGUUCGGACGAUGCUCUGACGAUCCCUAAACUUGAGCCCGUCGACGACGAUAUCAACCUCGACGACGUCAAGGCGGCCCCACAUGCGCCUGACAUACAGACCGGCGACACGCAGGUUAAACAGAAGCGGCCUCGCGGACGACCCAGAAAACACCCCCUCACACCCACUAUCAGCGCGAGCAAGAUCACAAAGGGCCGAUCCAAGACUGGUUGCAUCACUUGCAGGAAGAGAAAGAAGAAAUGCGACGAGGCCAAGCCACGAUGUAUGAAUUGCGAGAAGAAUGCUGUUGUUUGCGAGGGAUACCACGAGAAACAGUUAUGGAAGAGUGGCAGAGAGAGGGCUGAAGAAGAACGUCUCAGACGAGAAUCUCUACCCACCGUCACCAUGCAACCCAUCUUUCUUGGUGUCGAGACUGUAGAGGACAAGAUCUUUUGGAAGCACUACAUCAACCACUUUAGCAACGUCCUCACCGUUGAGGGUGAGGCCCGGAAUGCCUUCAAAGACAUCAUCCUGCAGCUCGCCAACCAACACCAAGGCCUCAUGCACUCCAUCCUGGCCCUGAGCAGCAAGCACAUUGACUUUGACUCCCCCUACGGCAGCAAGAUACUCCAAGAGAACGCUUUGGCCAGCCGCGAGUCCAUUAACCAGCGGGCCGAGUACCACCAUGGCGAAGCACUGAAACGUUUCUACGACGACAUGAACCACCCGACCAGCACAGAAGACCCGGACCAUGAGACCGUUCUGGCUGCGCAGUAUGGCCAAAUCCUGUGCCUCCUGCUGCGGACCCGAGCGGAGGGGAACCCACGGGGCGAGCACCGAUUUCAUCUGCAGGCCUACCAGAAGCUCAUGCAACAAUGCCCGCCAGAGGACACGGCUUUCUAUACGUUUAUCACAGAGUUCUUCCAGUACCACAUCUACGCUGAUGAUCUGCUCUGGCACCCGGAAACGAUGGCGGAUCGGCUAAGCUCACCGGACUGGGAGCCCCUGACACCCAUCGCACCGCCUCGUCUGUUGGGCGUGGCCGACGGGCUGUUUGGGUACCUGUCGCAAAUCACGAGCAUCCGAAACACCAUUCGCGCGAACAUGGCAGCGUCCGUGGACCCGGUCGUCGACUACAUCACGUUGUUCAAGGCCGUUGACAUCGAUGCUGCCAUCCGGGAAUGGUCUCCGCGAUGGCCACCUGGAGACAGCCGCGACUGCGUGGCACCCCUAUAUAAGCAAAUGAUGUGGGUUUACCUGUUUCGAUCCAUCUACCCGCCAUCCGCGGCUCCGGCACGACGUUCGACUUUGGGCUCGUUACCGACAGUGCCAGCCUCUCCCGCCGCACCCCCGCGCCGCGCGUCCAUGGCUGCGACGGUGCGGUGCGAAACGUCAUCUGGCUUCGACCCUGCUCCGAUCCGGAGCUGCUUAUCCUCGCGGAAUCCGUCGCGCACGAACUCGAUGCAUGAGCUGGAUUCUCAGCCCACGAGCAGCAAUGGCCAGGCAAGCAGUCAUCGGGGCUCCUCUCCACCACCAACGAGGCGCCCGGCGCACGAUGACAGACGGAUCACACUGGCCGUGGAGGAGUCGCUGUCGAUUUUAGAAUCGUUCAAGCCGUCAGACCCCGCACAGACAUUGCUUUUGAUACCAUGUCUGAUUAUUGGCACGGCCUGCUUCGAUGUUCCUCAACGAGAUCGUGUCCGGGCUGCCAUCAGGGUCGUCCGCGGCUACACGGGCCUCCGAAAUUGCGACCGCGUCAGGGAGCUGCUGGAAGGAGUUUGGACACACAUGGAUAAGGGAGACUGGGUUUCGGUUUGGGACUGGCAAGGCGUCGCCAGGGACAUGGGGCUUGACUUUAUCUGCACCUAA